GCAGAGAGUGCAGCUCAGACGGACUCGGACUCCUCUCAGUCCGGAGCGAAACAAAGUUGGGAUGAGGAUCACCGGACAGAGCACUUAAUGACACGUCUGAGCGAGAGAAUAUGGAUAAACAGGCCAAAUUACUGUCAUCGAGGCUUUUCCUGAAGCACAGGCAGGUAGAAGUUGUUCUCAACCGCAGUGUUUUGACGUGGAAGGAGGCUGACAAGGAGAGAAAACGAAGCUCUGGCAUUUCUGAAGGAGCUCACAGUCGCAGUGUUCAGGUGUGUGAAAUCGUGGCCGUUAGCAGGACGGAAGAUGUGGACGACAAACGGACCAGGAAGAGUCGAAAAGAGGCAAAGCAGCACUCGCAGCUGUAUUCGCAUGCAUUCACAGUUUCCUACGUGAUGAGGACGAGGCGGCACCAGUGGCGCUGCAGCGACGUCACCUUUCACUGCGAUAACCAGGAGCUCUGCGAUCAGUGGAUCCGAGUCACAAAUGAGCAGCUGUCCUUACUCACUGACCGACCAAAGAGCCUCCUGGUAUACAUCAAUCCGUUUGGAGGAAAGCGGCGCGGGAAGCGUAUUUACGAGCAGAAGGUGGCUCCGGUGUUUCACCGAGCCGGCAUCUCCACCGAUGUGAUUGUUACAGAGCGCGCCAAUCAUGCCAGGGACCACUUGGAGACGGAGGCCAAUCUGGAUAAAUAUGACGGGGUGGUGUGUGUUGGUGGAGACGGGAUGUUCAGCGAGAUCCUGCACGGGUUGGUUAGCAGAACCCAAACGGACCAUGAUGUGGACCAGAACCAACUGGAUGCUGAACUGGUGCCAUGUUCUAUCCGCAUAGGGAUCAUUCCUGCAGGGUCGACUGAUUGCAUCUGCUUUGCCACAGUGGGAGCCAAUGAUCCAGUUACUUCUGCUUUACACAUCGUCGUGGGUGAUUCCCAGCCGAUGGAUGUUUGCUCUGUUCACCACAACGACAUCUUCCUCAGAUACUCCGUCUCGUUGCUUGGCUACGGUUUCUAUGGAGACUUGCUGACGGACAGCGAGAGGAAAAGGUGGCUCGGCCCUGCCAGGUAUGACCUGUCAGGCGUGAAAACCUUUCUGAGUCACAACUACUACAAAGGCACCGUCUCUUUCCUCCCCGCCGAGGGCAACCUGGGGAAUCCGAAGGAUAAGCAGCAAUGUCGAUCUGGGUGCCACAUCUGUCAGCACAAACCCUCAUCAAAGGACCAGCACAGCGAGAUGUCAGACAAGAAAGAGAAGUCUGCUAAAGGUGACAGCGGUGACUGGAAUGUGAUCCAUGGAAAGUUCAUUGCCAUUAAUGCAGCCACUAUGAGCUGCGCUUGUCCUCGGAGUCCAAAAGGCAUGUCGCCCUCCGCCCACCUCGCCGACGGCACCGCGGACCUGAUCCUGGUCAGGAAGUGUUCCCGCCUGGACUUCUUCAGACACCUUCUCCGACACACCAACAAAAAUGAUCAGUUUGACCACUCAUUUGUGGAGGUCCACCGGGUGAGGAAGUUUCGCUUCCAGCCGCAACACCUCAAGCUGGCUUCUCUGGAAGACCUGAGCGAGCCUCUGCAGAAGAAAGGCUUCAAUCCCAUAUGUUCGGCCCAAACGGCCUGCAGCUACAGCGCCGCCCACAGCAGCUGGACCUGUGACGGAGAACUCCUGCCUCACACAGCCAUUCAAGUCAGUGUCCAGUGCCAGUUGAUCAGGCUGUUUGCCCGCGGUAUCGAGGAGCAGCAGCAGCAGCAGUUUGUGUUUGAAGACCCUUGUACCCUGUGGCCCCUGGAGCAAAGCACAAACUAGUCUGAAAGCUGGACACUGUAGCUGCUAGAAAACAAAACACAGAGUUGCACUUGGCGAAGUUUUCCCGGAAAAUGCAUGCACCGUUUCACUAUAAAUCCAAAUGCUGGCGGUCAGUCUCCUUCUUUGGGUGUUUGUCUAAAUGAAACUUGCAGAAGUCCUAUCUUUGCACCAAUGGGGAUGGGAUAAGAACACCAAAAUCUAAAAAGGAGCAUUACAUCACAUGUUACUGAAGACCACAAAAAUCCACCAUCUCUUCAGUGCCAUUUGGGGCUUUUAGGUGCAAAACUGCUUCAUGGGCCUUAAAGUAAGCUGCGAUAUGAUAUACUACGGCUUUCUGGUGCGACUGAAGCAGCAUUCAAACAUAAAUUUCUAGUUUUUAAUAUGUAUUUUUUGGAGAAUGAAGAUGUUUAAGCUCAGAGGAUCUUAAAACGAGCUGGACUCAGUCCCGAGCGAUCGUGGAAGGUUUUUAUUCUGCCAUGAAGGAGAACGUAAAUAGGAUUUCUCCCUACGCGGCGACUGCCACGGAGAUACAGCUUUGAGAGAGUGAUGAAGAAAAGAAAACGCCUGUGAAGUACGCUGAUAAACUGAAAAGACUUAAAGGGCCAGGGCCUUAAGAGAAAAAAAAAACACAACCCCCAAUGCAAUCUGAUCUUCCCUUUUUGGGAGGAAAAAAUAAUUUCAUCUGUGACCCAGGUGAAAGCAGAUAUGAGCCAGGGGCACUAAUGAAAAGAGCUGAAUACCCUGCUAAUACACUAACAGGACCCCGGUGGCUGCUGGGUGAUAAGGCAAAGUGGUUGCUAAGUGAUUUGGUGUGUCUCAGCACUGCUGCGCUGCACCUGUGGCUCCGAGCUAGAAAAAAAAAAGCUACAGACAGUUUAAUCAUGGUCUGGGAUUUUGCCCAAAUUAUGCAUUGUUAACGUUAUUAGAGAUAAUCUAUUACUCAGCUCUGAAAUUAGCCUCAUUUAGCUUAUCUUAGUUGUAGGUCAAGCUGGUCUUGAUGUCACACUUAUUUUUGCUGCUCCAAUAGAAAGAUAACUAUAUUAAACUGCAUGCAUGGCAGGAUAAGUUUGUGUUUAUGUGUGUUUUCCACAAUCCAUUUAGGGAUGUGUAAUCAUUGGAGAAAGAGUGUGUGUGCAGGUGCCAGGGUGAUGAGUUAGCUCCAUCCCAAUUAGCCUCAUGGCUGCCAUUUUGCAGAUGUUCUCUCACAACAGCCAAAACACUUUGACCACAAGUAGAGAAGCAGAGGCACAAAUAAUACUAUUUUCUGAUAUUCAUUGUCUUCCUGUGUCACACACGCACGCAUUCCUUCAUAUCUAAUUCAUAAAAGCAUCCUUGCUGCUUUGAAUGUUUGUUAAUGCUGAUGCUGGAUGUUUGCAUUUCAUUUUUGGUUUUCACUUUUACACUUACAGCCUGAUUUUAGAGCAAUUUGGAUUAACAAUGGGCUAUAUUAGGAAAUAUAAACAUGAUAUUGGAGCUAAAGGAAGCCCCUCCGCCCAAGACUUUUGACUAGUUAGCUUAGCUUGAUAGCACUGAUUCCAGUUGACCCUCUGAAUCCCAAGCAGUUUCAGUUUUUAUUGUCUUUUUGCUCAACUUUUACUGCAAUGUCAAGUCUUGCACCUCUACAGUUGUAAACAGCACGACCGUGGCAAGAUAGGUGUAAUGCCAUAAAUAUAUUUUUUUUAAAGUUUAAUUCCUUUAAAUUUUUACAUUUGAAAAAUGGAUUCUAUUUGUACAAGAUUUUUGUUGGAGGUGUCACCAAUACUAAAACUAAAAUAAAACAAAAGUAACAGAGACACUGCAUGCUAUAGAUAUUUUGCGACUUGCAUUUUAAACUUGCUUAUGUACACUGCCUGCAAUUCAGCUGAAAAGUCCUUGAAUUUUUGCUACUUGACUGUUGGUCACAGCUAAGUCACUAAUCACUUCAUAGUUGUGCAGAAAGCUGCAGAAUUAUUUGUUUUUUACACAACACUAUUUAUUUUUGGCGAGAAUAAAAUGAUUUUGAUGAAAUAUCACAAUUUUUUCGAUGUGGAGCUGUGACUACUUCAAAGUCCAUUGAAAUGUUGUCAAAAACAAAAAGGAUCAUCAGAUUUUCAGUUUCAGGCUUUGACAAAUUGUCAUUUUGAAGAUUUUUAAAAGGUAACAUGCUUUUCAAACAUAGAUUUUGGGGUUCAGAGGGUUACAAGGCAUUUUUGCAUAUGCUAUUUCAACACCUACUCCCUUUUGCUCCACAUUAUUACAAUCAUUGCUUUUUGCCAGCGUUAGCUGCAUCUAUUUCAUGAGUGCUGUUUGUGGAACCCAAAAUCACACAACUAGUGAACACUAGAAUAUAACUUGAAGCAUAGAUGACUUUUAAUUUCAGAUCUUGUGCUCAAUACUUGACUCAACACUGUACAUAAAUAAGCUGUGAUGUAAGUAGAUUUAUUUGAUGAAACAUCCUUAAUAAAGUGCUUUUGAAAUGCGA